UGAUUAUGUGUGAUUAGCUCCCGCAUUAUUUUUUAAAUGUAAUAAUUGCUUUUUUAACUACUUAACUUUUUUCACUGCAAAAAUAUCUAAUUUAAAUUUUUAUUAGUUGCGUACAUUAUUUUUUUUUUUUACCAUCUACAUUAUUCAUAACAUACAUGAACGAUAUCAAUAGCAGUACUAAUGCCAAUUGUUCUAUGACCACCGUAAAGUCAUGUUCUCAAGUUUCAAGAAGGAAAUUAUAUUGCAGUUUUUGCUUAAUAGACCUCUGGCAUGAACACACAUAUAUUAAGUGUGCGUCUGAAGCUUGUGUCAAAUCUGGUAUCACUAUUUGCCUUUCUUGUUUUGCAUCGGGCAAUGAAGAUGUUGUUCAUCACAACUCUGAUCCAUACCAUGUGCUGUGCAACGCAGUCAAAAUUAAUGACUCUUUGUGGUCAGCUCAUGAAGAAAUUAUUUUACUUAAUACAUUCGCAGAUACCAUGUCAUGGGAAAAAGUUGCCCAAAAACUUGGCAAAUCAGCAAAUGAAUGUGAAUCUCAUUAUUUUAAUGAUUUUGUAUUAUAUCCCAAAAUUAAAUGUUUAGAAAAUAUAAAUAAAAUUUCAUUUAGAUUUAAUAAAUUCAAUGAAUUAGUUAAAGACAAAACAAAAAUUAUUGGCGAUUCAUUGGAUUUAGAAGGUAUUUAUAUAUAUAAAGUGGAUGCUGCUUAUAAGACUCACUUUGAAACCAGCACAAAAUGAGUCAUAUAACUGAAUGAACCUUAUAAGCAAAGUAGAGAAAGGGUAGAACAUAUUUGAAUAUAUCUGGACCAUCGAGCGUCAGAACCUUAUAUUCGUGAGUCUUAUAAGCGGUGUCCUCUGUAUUAAAUAUUUUUAAUACAGUGGACCUUCUCAUAUCUAAUCUUUUUUUUUUCUUUUUUAGACUCAUAUCAUCAAUAUGAAUUAGCUAUUCGUUUAGCUGGGUUUCAACCAGCACGUGGAGAAUUUGCAGAAGAAUAUGAUGAUCAAGCUGAAUGUAUUUUAGAAUUAUUAACUGAACCAGUUUGGAAUGAUACACCUAUGAAAAAUCGUAUAAAAUCAAAUGUACUGUACCAAAAUCUGGAUGCAUCUAUAUUUGAUAUUUAUAAUGAAAGACUGAAAGAACGAUAUAGAAUAAAACAAGUUGUUAAAGACUAUGGACUUAUUGCAUUUAAUAAGCAUCAAUUAUGGAUAAAGUCCAUGGAGGUAGAGAUAAUAUUUAAUAAUUUAACAUUUUCUUUUAAAAUAUUUUUUUUAAAAUGUUUUACUUUUAGAUUAUAUUGGGCCCAGAAAUGAUACAAAAAUUAAUUCGUUAUUUACACCUACUUAAACCAUUAGCAUUUGAUUUCCUCGUGACUAAUCUAAAACAAGAACAUGAAUUAUUAGCUAGAAUCCAUAAAUUGAUUGAAUAUCGUAAAAACGGUUUGGCUAAGAUUGCGCAAAUAAAUGUUUAUAAAGAAUUGUGCAUCAAAAGAGAAGAAUAUUUAAAAAAUAGGCCAUUAGGUUCUACAACACUAAAAAUAAUAGAAAAUAAAAAGCCACGCAUUAAUGUUUUUAACCUACCAGGCUAUCAAAAAUUAGAUAAUGACGAAAGGGAGCUGUGUGCCUUGAUUAAAAUGUUACCUGAAUCAUAUAUAAAAUUUAAAGAAUUACUUGUACAUGAAUGUCAAAAAUCAAAAGGGAUAAAUUUAAAGACUGCGAGGAAGUUGGUUAAAAUUGACGUUAAUAAAACAAGGAAAAUUUAUAAUUUAUUGAUAAGUGCAAAUGUCAUAUGGGAAUAUUCUCAGAACUGAUAAUAAUAAUGUUUAUAUUCUGUUUUAAUCUAGGAAAAAUAUUCUUUAUAAUCAUAUUGUACGUCUGAAAUAAAACAAAAAUCAAUAUACAAUAAUUCUUUUUUAUUUUUAAACAAUAAUAAAAUUAAAUCUAACAAACAUUUAAUCAGUUAAUUUAAUAACAAAAUUGUUAAAGAUUAUUAAAAACAUCUAUUUUAAUCUAUUAAAUAGAUAUUGUAUCAAUUAAAUUAUAAUCAUAACUAUUUAAUUUAUUGGUUGUAUUAAAAACAAUAUUUUUAUUAUAUACUUUUAUACAUUAAACAUCACAUUUGCAAGUAAUUGUUGAUAUUAUAUUAUUAUUUAAAAAUUGAUAUGGUUAGUUGUAAUUAUUAUUGAAUUAUGGCUUUUUGUUGGGUUUUUUUUCCUGACAACUUAGAAUUUUUUAUUUAUGAAAAUGUUCUUUGAUAAAAUGGCUACUUUAGGAAUAAAUCUGUGGAAAAAAUUCUAAAUACUAUACAAAUAUAAGUUAUUCAUUUUAGUAUUUUAUGGGAUAUUAUAUAUAUUAAUAGUUAAUUUAUGUAGGUAGAAAUAUAAGUAGGUAAUCUACUUUAAACUAUUAGUUAUUAUACACUGCAAUAAUAAUGUUAUAGAUAGUUCAAUAAGUGUAACGGUGGUAGUAGAUUAUUGCUUAGCAACAGUUAUUGCUGAGAGUGUGGCCAUAUAUAAAUUAACUGUAAUUACAAAUUUAAACAUCAGUAAUACAUCUUUUAUAAUGUACAAAAUGCAGAAGGAUUUAUCUACUCAAAAUGUUAAGUUUGCCCAUGUAGGUUUUUUCAUUGUUUGUGAACAAUAGUCUUUAUUAUUUUUAAAUGUGUUUAAAUUUAUUUUAUUCACCC